AUGGCCUUAAGGGUUGAUACUGAAAGAAGACUAGCUGAAUUUUUCUCAACAGCCGCUAGCGGUGAGCUUGAAGUUGAAAACGCCCGCAUCGCUCUCUCAGAGAACCGUGACUUUGAUCCUUAUUCAGCCUUUAAAGUCCUUGACCGGUUUUCCAAUGGUUAUCUCAACUACAUAGACAUCAAAACUUUCCUCGAGAACAAUCGCAUUUUUGUCUCUUCCCAAGAAAUCGAUAUGCUUAUCAGCCAAUAUGACUCAGACUCAGAUGGACGCUUAGUUUUGAGUGAUUUUCAUCAACUUACCCUCCCUUCAACCAAUCUAGUUAUACGUGACAUUGCCUUAAACCGCUCAGGUAUUUUACGGUUAUCGGUAGAUGUCGAGUUUCUACUAGUCAGGCUUCUUGAUAAAGAAAUUAGUUUGCAAAGGAGACUAGAAGCAAUCCGCAAGGACCUUGAGCUCUUUCCAGAAUUUUCUAUUAUCAAGGCAUUCGACACAAUUGACUACCCUUCAUCAGGAUUUGUAACAAGGGACAAAAUUGCAGAUUUUUUGAGGAAAAAUCUGAUAAGUGCUUUUAGUGAUGAUAUUGAUGCGAUUUUGAGGAGAUUUGAUGUAGAUAGUGAUGAGAGACUGAGCUACAGCGAGUUUUCUGAUGCAGUAAAAGCGACAACACUUACAAGCUAUACGAGGUCACCAAUUAGAGAGUCACCUUCUAGGUCUAGGAGACAUUCAUCACCGCUAAGAAGGUCUCAAAGCCCUACUAUAGAUAUAAAAAGAAACAGGCAGAAAUAUUUGGCAAUUUUUAUUAAUUUUGCAUAAAAUAUGAGAUUUUUCGACUAUUUUUUUAGUAGUUUUUGCAGAAAAAAGGAUAGAAGCCCAAAUAGAUCAAUAGAUUCUUCAAGAUUUGACGCUUCUAUUACCAGAAGUCCUGGAAGAUCUCAGUUAUUAACAAGCUCUAAUGGCUUUGAUAGGUCUUUAAGAUCUCCUUCAGGAAUUCCAGAUUAUUAGAUUAGAUUAAUUAACUCUAGCGGGUCACGGAGGUUUAUUUCAGCCUCUACCCAGCGCUGCCAGCUUCAAGCUCGCGCUCUAUGCACCGGCUCUGUAGCUCACUCCAUUUUUCAGUCGACGUCACCAAAAAAUGGUGACGUCGCCAUCUAACAGGGAGACUCACCCAGGUACUCCUUGAUCAGGGGUCUAACGACCCGGCGCCAUCCUUUCCGAGGAGGGAGAAAAGUAGCCUCGCGGAGUCUCCUUCAGGUCCUCAAAGCUCCCCACAUAAAGAUCUUCCUCACUUCCCUUCUAGUCCUGAAGUUUGACUCCUGAUACAUCGGCUCUGGUCUUCUUGUCUUUGCGAGAGGUAAAAAAACCUUGUCGUGGUGUCCCGACCAAGGUAAAAAAAAAACCACCCUGGACACAAUACCCAGGCCCCGUUUACUUCUUAGUCCCGUAGUCCCUGAGGGUACAGGAGAAGGACGGGUCGGGUGGCUCGCCAUUUUAAUUGUGUUGGGAAUUCCAGAAGAAUCAGAAAUCGUAGGUGUUUUCAGGCAGCAAAUUGAUUUAGAUAGAGAUUUGGAAUCUGCAAGAAGAGAUUUAGCGCUAUGCCCUGAUUUCACGCUGAUUGAUGCUUUUAAUUUGUUUGAUUUGAAUAAUGUUGGCUAUGUCACCCAGCUUGAGUUUGAAGAUACUUUGAGAUCACUUACUUCUCGGAUUUAUUUAUUAAAGUAUUUUUUUUAAUAAAAUUUUUUAAAAAAAAAAAAAUAAUUUUUUAUUAUAGUGCAUAAGAGAUAGAGUUUAUCCGAUAAAAGAUGAGGUCUCAUUACUCUUUAAGCACUAUUCUUAUGUUGAGAGAAGACUGACAUUUACCGAUUUCUGCAAAAUUGUUACCACUAAAGAUCUAGAAUAUGCAAGACUUAUUAAUAACAGAAUCCCACAAAACCUACCGAGAUAUGAACGACAAAGGACUUUCAGCCUAAGCACAGAAAACUUGUUAUCAAGGGUCAUGAAAUUAAACUUGGAAAAUGAAACUGUGGCUGAAAGCCUAUCUCAUUCUAUUUAAAAGAUCUUGCUCACUAAUGAAGGAGGGUUUAAUGUUUUUUGUGAAAAAAAAAUUAUUAAAAAUGUAAAAAUAAUUUUUAUUGCAAAUAUUUGAAAUGAAAAAACUAAUUUAAUUUAAAAUUAAUUUUUAGGGAUGCAGCUGUUAAAAUAGCGAGAGAUCUCGUUAUUAUAACCAUUAAAAAUAUAUCAAAUUAAAAUAUAUAAAAAAUUUUGCUCGAAACUGGGUUAAAUUUAUUGAAAAUAGUGUAAUGGUUUGUUUGCUAAUUAAAAGGGGUUGUAAGGCAAAAGCUAGAAAGAAGGCCUUUAUUCAGUAAAACUGAUGCAUUCCAAUCUGUAGACAGGGAUAGAAAUGGCUAUAUCACGUUCAAUGAAUUUGAAAACUUGCUGCAGGAUUAUGGGAUUUAUGUGUCAAGAAAAGACGUGGAAAACUUGAUGGAGAGAUACGAUAAAGAUAAGGACGGAAGAGUGUCAUAUUCAGAGUUCUUGAAUGAGGUUACUCCAAAAUCUCCUAGAAAAUACUAUUCUAUUUUAAUAAUAGAAUAGAUAGAUUAUUAGAGAUGAAGCACGCUUAAAAUCGAUAAGAAAUUUUAUUUAGGAUGCUAUUAAUUUUCAAGCUUCAAUAAUAAGCAGCAUAACUCCAGAUAAAAUAAUUUAAUUUUUAAAAAUAAUUAUAAAUAUAACAGAAUAAUAAUUUUUUCAGAAUUUCUGGAUAUAGAUUAA